AUGACUAGCACUACUCCUGAGCCAAAUGAUCGUCCUUCAGACAAGUAUGAAGAACUGUUUAGCUGUAGAUACACCGACGAAGACCCGGACUAUGUGGCGGCCCAAAAAACGCAACCGCCGAUGUGCCUCUAUCCGUGGAGCAGCAAACCGAAACGCAGCUUCGACUAUUCUGCGGUUCGACGUAAACGACGCUUCGAAGAAAUAGACAGAGGGCAUCAGUACAGUGGCUACUCGUUCAUCAACGACAAGCGGCCAAAGAUGACCUGUCAGGGUUCAUCACGCGAAGCUCCAAACGAAUGUGGCUUCCGACGCGGCGAUGGUGACAGUCAGCCAAAAACGGAUCGCAUCUUUUAUCCUCGUCAACGGUGA